GACAGACGCGGCAAUGUUCACAGAGCCGAGGCCGCGGCUUGCAAUUUCUCUGAAUCGAGAUGGCAAGAGUUCUGCCCCCUGCUUCCAUCUCUACACUUCCCUCGCCGCGGGUUUCCGACCGAGGUGGCAUCAUUCUUGUUCCCUUCCCUCGUCGCCUCGAAGUGACGCAGUCCUCUCCGGCUUCCUCUUCGAUCUUUACCCUUCAGAUCUCUACUCUUCCUCGAUCUAGGUAUCGAAGGACGGACACAGUGUCAGUCGUUUGGAAUGGCUUGGAGGAGGUGCAGCUUACUGGGGAUGAGGUUGAUGACGACGACCCUUCUUCGAUGGAGCUCCUGCCCAUCACCAGCGAGGAUCAGUUCGAUCGGAUCCUGGCGGAGGCCCAGCAGCUCGAGGAAUCAUUGAUCAUCCUUUGGAUGGCGAAUUGGUGCAGAAAAUGCAUAUAUUUGAAACCAAAGUUGGAGAAACUCGCUGUUGAUUACCAUCCAAGAAUCCGUUUCUACUGUGCUGAUGUGAACAGUGUACCACAGAGGCUUGUCAAUCGUGCUGGAAUCAUAAAAAUGCCAACCAUACAGCUAUGGAAGGAUUCUAAAAAAGAAGCAGAGAUUAUUGGCGGGCACAAGGCAUGGUUGGUGGUAAAUGAAGUUCGUCAGAUGAUAGAGAAUGAGGAUUAGCCUGAGCUUUAUACAUGUUGGAUUAUAAGCCGCUUUAUUCUGAGCACAUCAUAACAAAAGCUUAGUGCAAAGAAACCCACUUUUAUGAAUUAGAGGCCAAAAACUGCUUGUAUAUUAGCCUGAGCAUUCUGCAGGAAAAUUAAUGAAAUAAAAUUUUAGUUUUAUUUCAUGUUGAAAUUUCAUAAUUUAACAUACUAUAUCAUUUGUGCUAUGGAAUAUUCUCAUCUUUUUAACUGA